AUGGCAAUUGAAAAGGUAACGCUCACGGAAAAGAGCAACAUAGCGGUUUACAAUGCAACAACAGCCCCGAAGAAGCCCAAACGGCGUGACAAAAGUGAUUUGGGGCCGAAUUUUGUGGCGCCCGAUGGCGGUUGGGGUUGGGUGGUGUGCAUAGCGGCUGGAGUUAGUAAUCUCUCACUCUUUCCACCCUUUCAACAAUAUGGAUUGAUUUACAGGCAGCGCAUGUUAGAUUUGGGUUUCACAGCAAAAGAGACGACAACAAUUGUUAAUAUCGUAAUGAGUCUUUCAUCUAUAGUUGGCAUUGUGAACGGCGCCAUGUUUCGUCGCUUCACCUUUCGUCAGGUGGCCAUUUGCGGUAACAUGCUCGCCUUCUUCGGUAUUUUUCUAUCGGCUUGGGCUACGACAUUUUGGCAAUAUGUCUUGUGCAUUUCCGUACUUUACGGUAGCGGCUUGGGCCUCAGUAUGGCGGCGACAUCGCUGGCAGUGAAUACAUACUUUAAAACUCGUCGACGUCGUGCCACUGGCUUUACAUGGACCAUCACCGGCCUGGGUCCGAUUAUAUUCCCACACAUUUCCACAAUGCUCCUAGUCUAUUAUGGCGCACAGGGUACGAUAUUGAUAUAUGCUGCCGCCACAUUGAAUGCAUUUGUCUGCGCCUUGACUUUGCAACCUGUUUUGUGGCAUACAAAGAAACAAAAGGCCACAGCAACGACGACAGCGGUGGAGGAGAGUAAAAAUGAAGCUAACAAACCGCUAGCGCCCGCCAACGACGAGGAUGAAUAUAAAUGCAAAUAUUGUCAAUAUCGAAGCCAACCGAAGCGUAGCAUUUUCGAUUCGCAGUAUCUCUUCAAUGAGGAUGAUUUAGAAACGCCCGGUUACGAGAUUACCGAACCGGGCACACCAAUGAUGGCGCGCGCCAAUGACGGUUGGUUCGGAUCGAAAUUAUCGCUUGCAGCGGAAAUUAAUUCAACACGUUUACGCCGCAAAGUUAUGCGCCAAGCCUCGAUUCGUGCCCACACCACCGACUUGGAUCAUGAGGACGAAACGGGUUUGAAUAAGCCGAAUUAUUUUAAUCGUAAACACGAAGAUAACGAACGUUACACGAGCAAGGCGAGCGUUUACUCGAAAACCGAAGAUUUCCAUUGCACCUGCGCCGAGGAGAAGGCGCUAAUGCAAAAGAUCACCGAUGAGGAAUUGAAACUUGAACAGGCGCGUUUGAAAGCGGAGGAGGCUGCAGAAGAGUUGGCCAAGAGUAAAAUGAAUUUCUACCAGAAAGUGGUGAAAUUUUUCGAUUUGGAUCUGUUGAAAGAUUUCACCUUCGUCAAUUUGGUUAUGGGCAUGACCAUUAUGAUGUUUGCCGAAAUGAAUUUCUCCGUAUUGACACCGUUCAUUUUGAAUGAAUAUGGCUUUAAUAACGAGCAAAUAUCAAUGGCUAUGUCUGUGCUGGGUGGCAUGGACAUAUGCGUGCGCUUCUUGGCGCCAUUCGCAUUGGAAAAGGUCAAAUUGGAUAAUCGCGUCCUGUUCGCUUUUGGUAUUAUUGCGAUUGCCAUUGGCCGUUUGCUUGUGACGAUGACAAGCUCAUAUUACAUGGUAUUGAUCUUCUUUCUGAUUAUCGGCUUUGGCAAAGGUUUCCGCACCAUCUUCUCGCCGCUCAUCAUACCAUCGUACGUUCCAUUGAAACGUUUGCCGGCCGCUUCUGGCUUACAACUGGUUUUCAAUACGAUAUUCUCUUUAGCAUGCGGUCCAAUACUUGGCCUAAUUACCGAUGCAACGAGCUACACAAUCACCAUACACGUACUGAACACGCUCACAGCCGUGGCCAUAUUCUUGUGGAUCAGUGAAUCGGUGGUGCGACGCAUUUCGGGCAAGAAGCGCAAGGCAACAGUGGAGGGUUAGAAUUAAUGGAACGUAAAACUCUCUCUUGGGAGCAGGACUUCGAAGGAUGAAUGAGAAUUUAUUGCAGUACUGUCCAGUAAAUUUUAGUUAAGUGCCUUAAAUUAGGAUUUUGUAUUUAAUGUAAGAUAUCUACACAAUUACUUAAAUAUAAUUACGUGACGGUUUGUAUGUUAGCUAUGUUGUGUCUGUAUGAGAAUUUAUGUUGUGUGUUAAUUUAUAAUGCGAUUUAUGGACUUGUACUUCCUAACCACUUUAUAGAAAAAAAAAUUCUAAUUUUUUGGUAAUUGAUUCACUUAAAACUUCGCAGCAAACGUAAGCACUUAAUAUAAAAGUAAACAAUUUAAAAUAAUAUUUUUAAUAUUUACAACUAUUCAGAAUACUUACAUAUCUUAAAUGUUAAAACAAAGUCAAAAGUUGUGUUGCAUUUGUAACUGCACUCUUUUAAUUUAAAUUAAUUACUUGACUGUAAUGGCAUUAAUUUUAAAAAAAUUAUUUAUAAGUAAAACAUCUUUCUAUAUGUGGUAAGCUAUAGGUGUUUAUUUUAAAAUUAACCAUAAAAAAUUUUAAUC